GCGGUGCCAGCACCCAGUCGCCGCGGUCGGGGCCGGCUUUCCGCAGGGGCGGCCGGGGGCGCGGGGGUGCGCGGGCGGCGACCGCGCCAUGCAGUACCAGCCGCCGGGCGCGGCGCCGGCGGCCCUGGGCGUCGGCGUCCCGCUGUACGCGCCCACGCCGCUGCUCCAGCCCGCGCACCCCACGCCCUUCUACAUCGAGGACAUCCUGGGCCGCGGCCCCGCCGCCGCCCCGGCCCCCCAUUCCCUGCCCGCCCCGCCGCCGCCGACGCUGCCGUCGCCCAACUCCUCCUUCACCAGCCUGGUGUCCCCGUACCGGACCCCCAUCUACGAGCCGACCCCCGUCCACCCGGCCUUCUCCCACCACCUCGCCGCCACCUAUGGCACCGGCGCCUACGCCGGGCCCCUCUACUCCUUCCCCCGCGCCGUCGGUGACUACGCGCACGCCCUGAUCCGGCAGGACCCCCUGGGGAAGCCGCUGCUGUGGAGCCCCUUCAUCCAGCGGCCUCUGCACAAGAGGAAAGGGGGGCAAGUCCGCUUCUCCAAUGACCAGACUAUCGAGUUGGAGAAGAAGUUCGAGACGCAGAAAUACCUCUCCCCGCCGGAGAGGAAGCGCCUGGCCAAGAUGCUGCAGCUCAGCGAGAGGCAGGUCAAAACGUGGUUCCAGAAUCGCAGAGCCAAAUGGAGGCGUCUAAAGCAGGAGAACCCCCAGGCCACCAAAAAAGAAGAAGUAGAAGGUGCUGACAGUCACAGUGACCAAAGGCCGGAGAGCUGCCAGAGCCCUGAGCAGAAGGGUAAGGAGGUCUCUCUGGAUGGCUCACAGUACACGCCCUCACCAGCCUCACAGGAGGACCUAGAGUCAGAUGUCUCUGAUGACUCUGAUCAAGAAGUGGACAUUGAAGGUGAUAAAGGCUAUUACACUGCUGCCCACUAACAGUCCCAUGCAGAGAGCGGACCCUAACUCGGCUUGCACUUUACCAGGGGCUGGUUUGAAAAAAUAUUGUGCUACAGGAGAAAACUUCCACCGUUACACUGAAAGAAAAAAGCAUCACCAAACAGACUAAUUUUAUAAUAAGCAGAGAAGGAAAGAAAGAUGUAUUUUCUGCAAGCAGUUCAGUUUUGGCAUCUUGAAUUUGGUUAAAGGACCAUGGUUUGUAUUUAAUUAUUUGUAAGAUAUGUUUGUAGAAUAAUCAGUGUUCUAACUGGAAUAUAAUCCUGCACCCUGUCCUUACUCAUGGUGGUGGAGGGGGUCUGAAUCAGCUGCUGUCGGUGAUCAGGCAAAACUCUAACUAGUGUGGAAGUGAGUAUGGAUUGCAGGACUAAGCCCUUUAUAUGUGUAAACAAACUUACUUUAAAUAGAUUAAUUUAAACGCCCUUUGUAAGCAGAGAAAUGUUCUGUUGAAAUAGGGAGGGAUUUGACCAUCCCAAGAAGUGCCUUAUGCUCACAGCCUUUUAUGUGCCAUGGUGCUCUCUACUAGACAUCCCUCCGUUUGUCAGGUAGAGUGGUCAGACAGAUUCCUUUUUCUUCUUGUGUGAGUUGAAAUGUGCCUUCUCAGAUUUUUGAGAAUUUUGCCUCACAGUUUGGAUGAUUCCAUUUGCAGGAAAAAAAAUUCUCCUUUAAAAUAUCUAGCACUGUUUUUUAUGUAUUUUGUAUUUGAGGAGAAAAUGCAGGGAGGGAUAGGGCCCUGCUGCAGGACAGAAACUGGCAAUAGCUGCAGGUCAUAAGUGAGGCACGCAGCCGUGGGAAGAUAAUGCCUAUCGUACACAUAUCUGCUUCUGUACAUACUAGUUUUCUUUAAAAGUCUUGUGGUUUUAUACCUCACAUUGUUCAUAUUUUGUACAUAUUUGUUCAGUGUUAAAAAAAAAUGACAGAACCUGGUAUUUAAUUUUUGAUGGACAUAUCUGUGAAAUAAACCUAAACUCUGCAACA